GCCGCUCACGUUGGAGCUUCAGACAGCAGCUCGGUCUGUCAUUAUCUCCACUCCUCCGCUAGUUCACUUCAGGAAGCCUCCCUACUGUUCAAGUGGACGAGUCAUGGCUUCUUUGCGUGAUCUCCUGACGCUCCUGAUCACGGUCCAGCUCCACCUGUCCAGCACUUCCUCCCUCUCUCCUCACACCGGCGUCAGGAAGAGCGGCGGCUCGGGGAAGCGCCAGGGGGCCGCGUCUCAAUCCCUGGAGGAGGGCACUUCGCUGCUGGGGCUAGGGGAAGCCUGCGGAGUGUACACUCUGGCUUGCGGACGCGGCCUUCGCUGCUUUCCUCCGGAGGGAGACCAAAGCCCGCUGCAGUCUCUGCUUCAGGGGAAAGGAGCGUGCAGGAGCAUCAAGGUCAGCAUCCAGAGGACCACGACCUCAGGCUCUCAGACGCCAGUUACUGAAAGCUUGGAGAAGGGCCCUUGCCGGAAACUGCUGAUGUCGCUGCUCCAGAAGCUCGAGCUCACCGUGAUCCAGACCGAUCGAGACAUUUACAUCCCCAACUGUGACAGGAACGGAUUCUUCAAGAGGAAACAGUGUAUGUCGUCUCGUGGGAUGCAGCGUGGUCAGUGCUGGUGUGUCGACGAGAAAGGGAACAAACUCCAGUCCCGAGGCAGAGACGGUGCCGUCACAUGCAGCGCCUGAGUGCCAGUCAUACGAGAUCAUUAUUAUUAUUAUUAUUAUUAUUAUUAUUAUUAUUCCAUAAUACUGAAACAUGAAGCGACAGCGAAGUGCCAUGCAGUGCUCUGAAUGUGUUGUACGAUUAGCAGAUCCUGUAACGCCCCCUAGUGGCCUUGACCUUAACAUAACUCACUAUAAUCACAGCAUUUGCACAUUGCUCAUAACUCUCUCAAUCUCCUGACAGUUUUAGGAAAGGAUUUAUUUAAGAUUAGUGGUUCGUACAGUGUUGAAUUAUCACUACACCUGCUGAAUUAGCACACUGUAACAAAUUUUAAUAUUAAUAUCUGCUCAGUAAAUGUGUGUGUGUGUGUGUGUGUGUGUGUGUUAAAACACAGCACAAAAACAUUUCAUUAGGUUUAAUUUGAUUAUUUGUGUCUCUCUGGACCUCAGGACUGUAGGCAUUAAUUCAACACUGUAAAACACUAAUUAACACCUAAAGCGCUGAAACGACUCACACAGUAUUUAUAUAAGUUCUGCUCAAUUAACACCUUUUAAUUAAAAUAAUAUACAGUGCCGAAUUAACAUCUGAUGCCUUUAAUUAGAAUAUGCAGUGUUCAAAUAACUAUAAUCACAGUCGAAUUUUUCAAUUUUUUUAUUUAAUUCUGUCUUUUUACCUCAUUUUUUCUCUCUUUCUAUUUUAUCUCAGCAUUUUUAUACUCAUGUCUGUGUUAUACUUCUGUAUUUGAAUCUAUUAUUAUUAUUAUUACUGUUAUCAUUAUUAACUUAAAGUAGCGUUUAGUACAACUGAACACCUCUCCUCACACAUUCUUCAAUAAUAUAUAUAAUGUGCUGUUACUCUACGUUUUCUAUAUGACACAAAUUUUAUUAAAAUAUGUACUGGUAAAUUAAAAUCAACACAUUUAUUUAUUGAACUUUUUCUCUUUUUUAAUUUGUUAUUAUUUAUCAUGAAAUUUACAGGUUUUGGGGCUCAGUUUUGUCACAGCUCAUAAAUCUGUAAUGUUCAUCAUGUCAUUAUUUUUUAUUAUGUUUUGUUCAUAUUUAAAAUCUCUGUAACGAAUGUAAAUAAAGUGUUGCAAUAAGAAUUAAAGUGUGU